UGUUCGAAGCUACUCGCUUUGUAACUUGGAUGAAAGAGUUAGGUUGUGACAUACACUAUAUCACGCCCGAGAUGCACCACUCUAACGGACAAGUAGAGCGGUAUAUAAGAACGAUACUUAAUAUGAUCCGCAUUGAAACUAACCAUAAGAAUCAGCCAUGGUCGGAUACGUUAUGGAAAUUACAAUUGGUCCUAAAUAUCACCAAACAAAAGACCACUCAAUCAUCGCCCAUGAAUCUCUUAAUAGGCACUGACGGUGCCACACCUGUUAUUCGAAAUCUCAUCCGUGACGUAGCUGCUGGUGAUACACGGGCCAAUCGAGAGGCCUGGCGUGAGAUGUGCAGGUCAAGAGCCAGUGAGCUGCUAGCUAGGAAUCGUGUUCAGCAAGAUGCCACAGUUAACGAGAAGCGACGUCCAGCUCGGGUGUUUCAGAUCGGUGACCUCGUGUUCGCGGUCAAGUAUUCCCAGUCUACUGGAAAGCUGGACCCAGGGAUGCGAGGGCCCUACAAAGUCAUCAAAGCGCUACCAAGCGGGCGCUAUGAGUUGAAGCUGCUGAGCGGCUCGUAUGGGAAAACUACUCAGGCAGCAGCUGAGUACCUUGUCCUGUGGCGAGGAGAGUGGUGCCCCGAGUCGUGCGCUGCUUUCUUUGAGAAUGAUGAAGCAGAGGACGCGGGUGCUGGACCAUCAGGAGUUCUUGCAUCCUUCGCGGCACCAUCUGGCGAAUCAGUCGCCGCUGGACCAUCGUCAACCGUGGCUCCAUCAACGCAACCACUUUACGAGGAAGCUGAUGGCAGUGGCGAGGACACUGCAUCCAAUGAAGAGGAUGUUUCGGUCUACCCUACAUAUGAAGCAGACGAGGACACUGCGUCCAAUGAAGAGGAUGUUUCGGUCUACCCUACGUAUGAAGCAGUCGAGGACGAUGCAAGAUCAGGAGAGGCCGUAUUAGCGUAAGGCGGUUGUGACGUCACUCGGGUGGCGCGAUCGAACCGUUACGAGCGGGUUUCGACAAGCACGACCCGGGCGGCGGCGCGCAGCCACUUUUGCGGCGGCACUUGGACGGUUAACAUCGGAACAUCGGAUUCGUGAUCGGCGAGUUUUGUGGCUGUGAUUGGUUCG